AUGUCGCUGUCGGAGAUGGACCAAUUGUACCAGGCCCAGAAGUUGGCUAUGGAAAAUAGCCCGGAGCAAAUGCUCCCUAAAGUGUUGGAGACAGCAGCUUCUUUGUAUAUAUCUGAGGGAACAGCUCCACCAUUGAAGAGGGAGCUGGCCCGAUUUACUGCACGAUUACUCCUUGAUGUGAUCACUCACGAUAGUGUCGCGUCUGCUCAGAAACCGUUUAUCGCAUCUCAACAUUUGGAUUGUCUGUGGUCUAUAAGUCGCAAUGUGAAAGACUUGAUAGCAUAUAAAUAUUCAGUCUUGGCAUUUUCUGCGUGUUAUCCAUUGUUAUUUGACUUGGUAGCCAAGACGUCAAACCAGGAGAUGUGGAAUGUCAUGCAAGAGAUGAGAGGUUUUAUCGCGUCCAACUGGAACACCACAUAUCCUUUGGAGCUCUCUACAAGUGACAGCGAUCCGUUUCUCAGCGCCAGAAAGAACAUAGGCUGCAGACUCGCGACAGCCAAGUUUUUAUCGCAGAUCAUUAUCGUUCACACUUCAAGAAAUGGUAACAACUUGAAGGCUGGUUCUGUUAGCAUCUCAUCCGUCCCAGAUAGUCAUCCUGUCAUCUCAAACAAGCCGCAGCUGGAAUCUGAAGCGAAAAAAUUCUUAGACCUCUUGCUCAACUAUUUAAUCGAGGAACCCAUGAUGGUCAGCUCGGUUUUCAAUGGAGUUCUUAAUUGCCUUGCCUUUAUCAUGAAACAGAGACCUCAAGCUACCAUGAGGAUCCUAUCAGGUCUGCUGAAGUUUAAUGUGGAUGCCAAAUAUCAAGCUGACGACGUAUCGGUGUUGAACUACAGAUUGAGCAAGAGGUUUGUCGAGCGUUGCUACAAGAAUUUCGUUCAAUUCGGAUUAAAAUCGCAGCUAAUAAAGAGUAGUGGACAAAUGGCUUCUCAGCAAAUGAAAUUAUCCAAGAUUUCGCAGACUCUUCAUAUUAUCGGUGAAGAGACAAAGAGUAAAGGUAUCUUGAACUUUGACGCCGAGCAAGUUGAGAAUAAAAUCACCAAUAAAGAAAAGCAAAAGUACCUGGUUCUGAAGAGGAAGCAGACUACUGCCAAGGUGAACAGAAGCACUGCCACACCCAUGAUGAGUCCUCCCGCAGGCGCUGCUUCAUCUACUCCACAACCAGGCAACAGUGCCUCACCCCCUGUUGAAGAAUUACCUGUCGAUACCACUGGAUCAAUGUUACUCGACCUCCAGAAGUACACAAUGUCUAAGAACAAUAUUGCCGGUUUUUUUAACAACUCACCAAUAGCUAUUGAUACUUCAUACUGUGCUAUCUAUUCAUUGAUGAAUAGCAAAAACUCUGAACAGGACGUAUCAAAGCUGCCGCAAGAUGUUAUGAUCAAACUCUGCAGUGAGGCAUUCUAUUCUACAGAUACCACUAAGAUGAUUUCGGGGCUGUCUAUUGUCGCCUCCAGGUACACUGACCUGAUGAAUAAGGUCUCACAGCUGCAACAGCAACAGCAGCAACAGCAAGAAACUGGCAUCAGCAAGCGGAAAGUUGAAGAAGAGGAUGAGGCCUCAGACUCAAAGAGGAUAAAAAAGGAGGAUGAAGUCGCACUUUCAUCAAAUGUAGCAGACAACGAAGGUAAGCUCGAAGAUGAAUAUGAUUACGACGCUGCCAAGGAUCAAAAACAUACAGAGGUUGACCUCAUCAAACCGCAGGCGAUGACCGAGGAGGAAAAGAUGAAACACCUCGAACGAAUCGUGCAACAUAUAAUGGACGUGAGCAACAAUGAUGAGUCGUCAGAAGUAAACACAGCACUUGUCAAGGAUCAGGGUCCCUUGGAAAAGAUCAAGCUACUUCAAUGGAGCAACAAAGAGUCUUGGCUUCAUAUUUUGACUAGGCUCUGCACAAGAGGCGUCAGCCAUCGGGACAACAUGAGUAAUUUUAUUCGACAAACUCUGUACGAUUACUUCAUGAACGAUUUCAACGGCCGAAUCGGAAUGGCACUAGAGUGGCUUGGCGAGGAAUGGUAUUAUGAGUCCAUAUCAAAUGAGCCAUCUAAUAACUAUCCAAACUACGACCAUUGGUCAUCGAAAUUUUUAGACGGUCUGAUUCCAUUCCUCGAGAACCAACAUAGAAGAAUCUUCAUAAGGCUCAUGAGCGAGUUACCUAGAAUCGAGCAACUACACAUCGACAAAGUAAGGCCCAUUUGUCUCGAUCCUGCUAGAAGCUCGCUGGGUUUUCAAACGUUAAAGUUUCUUGUCAUGUUCAGGCCUCCGGUGAAGCCAAUGGUCAAGACCCUGUUAGAGCAAAUCAUGCAGGAAGACUUGACGGUCAAGGAGCAAUGUAAUGCGAUCCUAGUCAAGUUUUACCAAUGA